AUGGUGAGUGAGUGGAAAAAACUUAUGCUUUUUUUGUGUUCAAACUCUGGUAGAAACAGGGUUGAAGGCCAAUUUGUUGAGGAAACAAUUCCUAAUGAGUAUUCUAUUCAGUUUCCAAGCGUUAACUUGGAGUCAUGUGUGAUAAACUCUCUUCCGGUGUCUCAGUUUAAGAAAGAUGAGGUUGAGGGGGAACAUAUGCCAGUUAAUGCGGACUGUGCCAUUUGUUUGGGAGAAUUUGAAGAAGGGGAAUGGCUCAAACUUCUUCCUAAUUGCACCCACGGCUUCCAUGCUUCCUGCAUUGACACCUGGUUUCGCUCUCAUUCUAAUUGCCCUCUUUGCAGAGCUUAUGUUAGUCACGCUGACACACAAGAGUGUUCUGUUUCUUUGUACACGCUGCUAGAAACUUCCAGGAGCCAAGACUUCUCCACUGAAACCACUGCGUAUUUCCAAUCCCCUGAAAAUUUGGAGAUCACACAUCACUCCUGUCCUGAUUAA